AACAGUUGACAUGACCGAUGAAGGGGACCUUGCACAGGAGGACACAGCAAAAGAUGAAGGCAAUACGACUGAAGGAAGCAGGAUGAGCAAACUGAGAAGGGCAAGGAGAAAAGUCACCAAACCACAUCUGUGCUCAACGGAUGGGGAUGAAACCGCCAUGGCCAAUUCCACUGAGAUGUCCAGAAACCAAAUAGCAGAUCUGAGCAAACCUGGCUCUGCUGAGUCUUGGUCCUCGCACAGUGCCAAAGAUGCCUACCACCAGACACCAGUGGUAAAACCCUCUCUUCCCAGUGCCUCAGCCGGUGCUCCUGAUGCUGAAUACAACCCAAAUACUGAUCACACCCGGGACAAUGCUCAGAGUUUGACCCCACCUCAAUUUUCUGCUAGAAUGAAGCACAUUAAACAAGAAAUGGCCAAAAACCACCUCCAGUUUGUACGAUUUGAAGCAACAGACUUGCACGGUGUUUCCAGAUCUAAGAGCAUCCCCGCACAAUUUUUUCAAGAAAAAGUGAUCCAUGGAGUUUUCAUGCCCCGUGGGUAUCUGGAAUUGAUGCCAAACCCUAGGGACAAUGAGGUGAAUCACAUAAGAGCCACAUGCUUCAAUAGUGAUAUAGUCCUCAUGCCAGAGCUGUCGACCUUCAGAGUCUUGCCUUGGGCAGAGAGGACUGCGCGGGUGAUUUGUGACACCUUCACAGUGAUGGGCGAGCCUCUGCUGACAUCCCCUAGGUACAUCGCCAAGAGGCAGCUGCGUCAGCUGCAGGACGCUGGCUUCUGCCUGCUGUCUGCCUUCAUCUAUGAUUUCUGUAUUUUCGGUGUGCCCGAAGUGAUCAAUUCAAAGACCAUAUCUUUUCCUGCCUCCACAUUACUAAGUAACCACGACCAGCCCUUCAUGCAGGAGCUGGUUGACGGCCUGUAUCACACCGGGGCCAAUGUGGAGAGCUUCUCCUCGUCUACCAGGCCUGGGCAGAUGGAGAUCUGUUUUCUCCCUGAGUUUGGCAUUAGCUCAGCCGAUAAUGCCUUUACCCUCAGAACAGGUGUCCAAGAAGUGGCCAGGAGAUAUAACUACAUAGCUAGCCUUGUAAUUGAGACUGGAUUCUGUAAUUCAGGAAUUUUGUCUCAUAGCGUCUGGGAUGUGGGCGGGAAGACAAAUAUGUUCUGCAGUGGUUCUGGGGUGGAGAGGCUCACGCUCACUGGGAAGAAGUGGUUGGCAGGCCUGCUGAAGCACUCUGCGGCUCUCAGCUGCCUGAUGGCCCCUGCGGUCAACUGUCGCAAGCGCUACUGCAAGGACAGCAGAGACCUGAAGGACAGCGUGCCCACCACGUGGGGAUACAACGACAACAGCUGUGCCUUGAACAUCAAGUGUCAUGGUGAAAAAGGCACCCAGAUAGAAAAUAAACUAGGGUCUGCAACCGCGAACCCUUACUUGGUGUUGGCGGCCACUGUGGCAGCAGGCUUGGAUGGUCUUCAGAGCAGUGAUGGUGCUGAUGAGAGCCAGGAUCUCUAUCAACCAGAACCUUCCGAGAUCCCUUUGAAGAUGGAAGAUGCUCUUGCUGCCCUAGAGCAAGAUGAGUGUCUGAAGCAGGCUCUGGGAGAGACUUUCAUCCGCUACUUUGUUGCCAUGAAGAAGUAUGAACUGGAAAAUGAAGAAACAGAUGCAGAGGGAAAUAAAUUCCUGGAGUAUUUUAUAUAGGAUGGGACUCUACCCUGUACAGAUAAUAUGAUGAGUAGCUAGUUUAUCAGAAAGAAAAGAUUGAGCCUUUGCAAUGAAUAAUACUAGACAGCUUCUGCCCCUCUCCCGUGGAUUACUAGGUAGAUGAAACGGGAUUGCUGCAAUCCUGAGCUCAGCUAUAAACAAUAAAUUUGUGGUGAAACAGCAUAUGCAAACUUA